GUGUCGGCAGCCCUGACAGCCCUUGACCAGGGCAAGCUGACGAAGCAAGAGCUGGUGAAGGCGUUGCAGAAGGCCCACUCUGAGCACGGCACAGAGACAGAUCCGUGUGAGCUGGGGGCUUUCAAAGCUCACACAAAAGCCUGGACGCCGGAGGAUCUCCACAAAGUGCAGCAAGCUGCAGAAGAGCUGCAGACCUACAACACAUUGAAGGCGGAUGCGCUGCAUGGGGUUGUCGACGAGCUAUUGGCGGCUGCCAAGACGCAGGACCCGGGCACGGAGUCUGAGGCGCUACGAGAGACCCUGCAGCAACUCGACAAAGUCAAGAAGGCCACAAACAAACUGGCAGAGAUGGAUCCAGAUUCAGGAAAGCCUCGUAGCGAAGUGCUCCACUCCGUGCACACUCCUGAGGCCGUGCAGGGGAUGUCAUCCGAGCAGAAGUCAGCUGCGUUCCGUGAAAUAGGCCGCAGCCGGAUUGCUGCAAGACGCGCGGAGGUCAUCGCUGUCUCAGAAGCCAUUCUGGUUCGAAGCAAGCAGCCCACGAAGGCCGAAGAGAUCCAUGCGGUCCUGGCCACUGCUGAUGCUUUGGGCCGGGAUGGGAAGGAAAAGACCGCCAAGAAGGCUGAGACUGACAGGGUGUCUGACGAUCUGAAGCAGUGCCUGGAGCAGCGGAAGCUGCAGCAUGAGGUGUGUCAGAAGAUGCGCCAGAAGUCUGCAGAGGAGAAGGCUAAAGCCCACACGGACCUGCGAAAAGCACUCGAGGAACUGCUACGGGCGGCGUCAGCACACGUGAACGCAGUUACCAAGCUCCAUGCCCAAGAUGCCGCGCUGGACUUGCUGCUGGCUGACAUUGAGCAUGUGGAGGCGGUGGCAGAGGUGUUGCAGCAUGCACAGGAGCCUUGCACCGUGGCCUUCGGCAACAUUCUGACCGCGCAGUCUUUGCUACGGCGUGCCGACGGCGAAGUGGCCGCAGAGCUACAAGGCCUAAAGAACACACAGCAGCGCCUGCAGGCGGAGCUGGACCAGGCCCGACAGCUGUGGAAGCAGGGGCAGACAACUGACCGCGUGUCAGAGAAGUCUGUUCAAGCCGGCUUCAAGGUGGACGAGGCCGCCUGCAAGGAGGCAGCUGAGGCGCAGGCCAAUCAAGCUUACGGAGAGCUCCAGAUCAUGUCCACGGCCCCCAGUACCGUCUUGCCCGGCGCCUCCCAAGGGGAAGUGCCGCAAUGCACUGCCAUCCAGCAGCAACUUCCGGACUUGAAGGAGCUUCUCCAGCAUGAGCUGAACAAGGCGAUCAGCUCCAUUCGCGAGCAAAUGCAGGUUGACUUCCGUUUGUGGCAACAGGACUACGUGCGGAAGCAUGGCAUGCCGCCCGGGGAUGGUGGUUCGGAUGCAGGCAGCUGGCUUCAGGUUCAUGAGACUGCAGACCAUGGAGGAGUUGAUGAAGACUGA